AAUGAAAAACUGUUUGAUUGUAGGAUGAUUUUUACUGGCUCAAUUACUCCAGAAACUUCUCCAGAUAUGUAUAAUAAAAGCAUAUAUCAACUGAUGGAACAUUACAAUUCAUCUUACUCUUUAGAACCAUUAUUUGUCAAUACCAUGGGUUGGAUAACAGGCAUAGGGGCUGAAUGUUUGCAGAAUUUAAUAAAAGCUGUAGAGCCAACUUUUCUGAUUAAUCUAAUUCAAGUCAAAAGAGCUAGAUUUGAUUGCAGACAAUUCUUAAAUGAAAAUGUGAAAUAUAUUGAAAUUAACAUUCUAAAACCUCAUGAGAAUGUGGGAGGCUUUACUGCUUUUGAAAUGAGACAUCUUGCCAUGUUAGCAUAUCUUGGACGUUGUCAGAGCCCAUUUCUGAGGCCUCUUUACUUAAAUGAGAUGCAGCCAUACUGUGUAUGUUGGGACAAAAUUGCAGUGUAUGUUUUUAACAGAAGAUUACCACCCUAUAGACUGCUAGAAGCAUUAAAUGGAAGUAUUGUAGCCCUGUGUAAUGUUGAUGAGUCUCUUAUUUUGGAAAGUGAUAUACCUGGUUUCCAGAAGACUUUAAAAAAUGAACCAGAGAAUGAUUGUUUAGGAUUUGGGGUUGUCCGUGCUGUGGAUGAAACAAAUCAUUUAUUGUUUAUUAUCACUCCUUUACCUUUGAAAGAACUGAAAAAUGUCAAUGCAAUAAUGAAAGGAAACAUCUUACUUCCACAAGAAGUUCUGCUUGAGCAGCAUAUUGAUUAUACUGCUAUGCCAUUUACUGAUCACCCAACGGCAGUACCUACUGCAUCUCGUAAAAGAAUUCAGAAAAGGGUUCGUCGACAACAGAACUGAACAAUUCUGUCUCUUUUUGGAAAAAAAAUAGAGAGAAAUGUUAAAUAUUCUGUUUCAUCUUGUAAUCUUCAAACAUUCUAUUUUUUAUGAACAUAUUCAUCACUUGUCUGUUUAAAAAAAUAAAAUUUGUGCCUGGAAA